AUGGACCAUAAACUUUGGGCUGCGACAUUGUCAUGGGUGCAGAGUUUUAACACUGGACGGCUUGCUCUGAAUCAUAUCAAUGGUGCUGCUGCUUUCAGUGUUGUUCUCAAUAUCAGAUACACUGUACCAAAGUUUGUUCAUUUUGACGGACGGAAAGGGAAUGCUAGAGAGCACGUUUUGCGCUUUCUCGAUGCUCUUGGUGUCCAUCGAGAAGACCGAAACCUCCGCAUAAGAGAAUUCUCCAAGUCCCUCACAGAUCGGGCAUUCUCAUGGUACGCCAACCUCGCUGCUGGCUUUAUUUCUUCGUGGGAGGACUUAGUAAAAAAAUUCUAUAUCAAGUUCUUUUACGUUGAAGAAAGGCUAACCACUCUUCAUCUUAUGAGGGAAACACAGCGACUUGGGGAGGACAUCCUUGUUUAUAUUCGCCGCUUCAGAGAAAAAGCAGUAGACAUUCAAGACCCGAUAGAAGAGCAUCAACUGGUGUCAAUGUGCAUCGAAGGAAUGCUCACAACUUACAAGCUCCAGGAAGUUCCACAGCCACAUUCAUGGCGGGCAGCGGCAUCUCCACCUUUCUUAUGGAGGCCUAACAGACGCAACCACGCCGUAUAUGCAGCGGGAGGUUUCAAUGGAGGAAGAACAAAUCUCCAAGCAAAGAAGGGAAAAUUUGAUCAAGUUCCCCCACCGUUGCUUAUCUCGGUGGAUGAGGCACAAGCACUCCUCAACGCUUGGGUAGAAGAUGGAAAAGUUCAUCUCCCUGAACCAAGGCAACCUGUCAUAAAAAACGAUCAAGCUUGGGCGGACUACUGCAUAUACCACCACUCCGUUAAACAUCCUACCGUUGAAUGUUGGGUGCUCAGAUCCCUAGUUCGAAAGAUGAUGGCUGACGACAUUUUGGAGCUACCUCGUUGCCAGACAUAG